AUGGAAUCUGCCGAGAAAGUUGAUGGUGCUGAUGUUGUUAUUCCAUUGUCUUCGGUUCAACAAGUUACUGAUAGGUAUGCUAACACUUUGUUUGGAUAUUUUCUGGGUAAACGGUUGGCAUUUCCUGUGGUCGAUUAUUUUGCGAAGAACAACUGGGCUAAAUAUGGUCUUUCCCGGCUCAUGAUGAAUGCAAACGGGUUAUUUUUCUUUAAGUUUACUUCUAAGGAAGGGAUGAAUCAAAUGCUAGAGGAUGGGCCUUGGCUAAUCAGAAGUGUUCCCAUUAUUUUGAAGGAGUGGUCGCCCUCUAUCAAGAUGGAAAAAGAGGACAUUAAAGUGGUUCCAGUUUGGGUCAAAAUGCAUGGUGUACCGUUAGCGGCAUUUACUGAGGAUGGGCUCAGCUUGGUUGCCUCUAUGAUUGGGAUACCUAAGAUUGUGGAUACGUAUACUGCCUCGAUGUGUGCUGAAUCUUGGGGAAGGAGUAGCUAUGCUAGAGCGCUUAUUGAAGUGCAAGCGGGGGCUGAGUUAAAAAAGAGUGUUACUGUUGCUAUCCCAUCAAUGGAUGGUAGUAGGUAUUCAAAGGUGGAGGUCAAGAUUGAAUAUGAUUGGGAGCCUCUAAGGUGCUCCUCUUGUUGUGUGUUUGGUCAUGAUGACAGCUCGUGCCCGAAGAACCCUCAGGUUUCCUCUAGUGGAGAUGCUGAAAAGAAUAAUGAUGAAUUUCAGGUUGUCAUAGAAUCUCUAUUAUGUUGUGUCACCAUUCAAGGCCUCAUAUGUGGUGGUCGUGGUGGUGCUGCGAUUAACUGUGGUGGUGGGGUGCGAUGGACGAUGGUGGGUUAG